AUGGAGCAUUUUAGUCCCAGCACGACACCUGAUACAAUUCAGAGCUCUGCAUCCACCCCCUCAAUGACCUACAUCACUCCCUCGACGGAUGUGGAAGAUGACCCGUUCUGCCCUCGGGUUACGUUCUCGGUCGUUUACAAGAAUCUCAAAUACUCGACAUCAUUAUCAAGCAACCAUACCAUUGAUUUGUUUCAGCACAAAGAUGUUUUCCUUUCGUCAUUAGAGGAAUCCAGUGACAAACCCAAAGAAGCUCUAGACACAAUAGAGAGUCUUCUGAUUCGCUUUUUUCGAUUUCUGUUAGACCGCCAGGUCCCGACUACACAAAUUCUGCCGUUGGUUGUUGCCUUUCGCAGAGACUUUCUGCUUUCAAACGAUAUCCACUCGUUGAUUGCUUCUUUACAAGAACCAAUAGAAGUCCAGCGGGAUUUGCUUUGCACGUACUACACAACGAUUCUACGAUGUAAUCUACCACCAGAUACACAUAUACGGGAGAGCGCCCUCUUAGAAGCCGCGAAAAAAGGAAAUGUUAAGCUAAUGGCUAUUUUCGGAGGCCAAGGGGCAUCAAAUCCUCGGUGCUUUCGGGAUCUUCAAGACUUAUACAACACAUACGGCCCCCUCUUGGACGACCUAAUCAGUACAGUCGACAACGCACUCUACGAACUCUGUGUCGUCCCUGAAACUCGUGAUUUCUUUCGGGGCCGCGAGAUACGCUUGCUCUCGUGGCUGAAAAAUCCACAGCGUUUGCCGGAUGAGCAGUUUCUUGCAACUGCGGCAGUCAGCUUUGCAAUUCAUGGAAUUACUGCUCUAGCACACUGGUGCGUUACCUGCAAAGUCCUCGGGAAGCAUCCUGGGGCUUUGCGUUCUCUUCUAGAUGGAACAAGUGGACAUUCCCAAGGCAUUAUCGUGGCUGUCGCCAUUUCAGCAUCUAAUUCGUGGUCAUCAUUCUAUCAAAACGCUGUUACAGUUGCAAAACUGUUGUUUUGGACGGGUUAUGAGAGUCAUCAAGCGGCUCCACGUCUAGCUCUUACCUCCACAAUAGUUCAUGACGUCGAAAAUCGUGGCGAGGGCCAACCAAGUCACAUGCUGCACGUGUCUGGGCUUUCAAGCAAACAUGUCAUUUCGCUGGUUGAAAAAUGCAACCAGGAUUUGCCGCUUGAGAAAAGGGUUUAUCUGGGUUUAUCCAAUUCAAGAUCUAGUUUCACAAUUGCCGGUCCGGCAUCAUCUCUGGUUCGAUUUAGUGGGCUUGUUCAUGAUAUUGGAGUGGACAGAGGAGUGGAUCAAUCUCGCAUCCCAUUCGACAAAAGAAAGCCUGAAGUCGAGACGCAAUUUCUCCCCAUCAGCUCGCCUUUUCAUACCCCCUAUCUCGCGACGACCGCGCAGAUUAUCAAGAGUCGACUUUCCGAUGAAGCUUUUAAUUCAGAACAGCUUGCAAUUCCUGUCUACAAUACUCGAGACGGAUCGAAUAUGGCGGCAGUAACUGCCGGGGAGAAUCUCUUACCAUUACUCAUCGAUGCUGUCACCAUUCACCAUGUUGAUUGGCCGUCGGUGCUGAACGCUGCCAGCUACACACAUGCAUUGGUCUUCAGCAAGGGCCUUAGUGAUAUGGUUGCCAGCAACACCGAUGGGAAAGGCGUGCAGGUCGUAUCUGCUACAGAGCUGACAACCACCAAUGCGCGCUUCGGAUCUAAAUCUAGUAUCUUCAGCCUCAGUCUCUCUGAAUCAUUCCUCUACCCUCAAAGCUGGGAGAACCAAUUUCGGCCGCGACUUUCAAGGUCCUCAAAUGGAUCUAUCCAAAUCGAGACCAAGAUGAGCAAAGUAUUGUGCGCACCACCGCUGAUGGUAGCCGGAAUGACCCCAACUACGGUGCCCUCCGACUUUGUUACAGCGAUCAUGAACGCAGGCUACCAUGCGGAGCUUGCCGCCGGGGGUUAUUUCAGUGCGGAAACCAUGUCCAAGGCUAUUGAAACUCUUUCGACUAAUGUACAGCCUGGCAUGGGUAUUACCUGCAACUUGAUAUAUGCCAGCCCGCAGUCCAUGGCCUGGCAGAUCGCUUUGGUUCGUCGCCUUGCUCGCAAUCAACGACCCAUAGACGGACUCACGAUCGGAGCUGGAGUCCCUAGUCUAGACGUUGCAACAGAGUACAUUACCUCCCUUGGUUUGAGGCAUAUUUCUUUCAAGCCUGGAUCAGAAGAUGCAAUUGAAAAAGUCCUGGAAAUCGCAAAGGCUCACCCGGAUUUCCCCAUCAUAAUUCAGUGGACCGGAGGCCGAGGUGGCGGUCACCAUUCCUUCGAGGACUUCCAUUCUCCAAUUUUACGACUUUACGGAAAGAUCCGUCGCUACCCAAAUGUCAUUCUCGUCGCCGGCAGUGGCUUUGGCGAUGCUACUGGGUCUUACCCUUACCUAACAGGCUCCUGGUCGGUGGAAUACGGUUAUCCAGCAAUGCCAUUUGACGGAAUCCUUUUGGGAAGCCGAGUAAUGGUCGCUAAAGAAGCACAUACCUCGCAAACAGUCAAGCAACUAAUUUGCAAUACUCCUGGAACUCACGAGAGCAACUGGACCAAGUCCUACAGUGGACCUAUUGGAGGAAUUGUGACGGUACAGUCUGAAAUGGGACAACCGAUUCACAAGAUUGCGACGAGAGGCGUCCUUUUCUGGAAGGAAAUGGAUGACAAAAUUUUCAGUCUUCCGCGAGCUAAACAACUAGAUGCCAUUAAGGUUCGCAAAGACUACAUCAUAGGGAAACUGAACAAGGACUUUGCAAAGCCAUGGUUCUGCCGCAAUUCGAACGGAGACAACGUUGAACUGUCGGACAUGACGUACUUGGAAGUUCUCUCUCGUUUGAUCAGCCUAAUGUAUCUUCCGACGAAGAGCCGAUGGAUUGAUCCAUCGUACCAAGUUCUAGUGCAUGACGUCGCAGUUCGCAUCUUAGAGCGCCUGGACGCCGAUUGUGAGAUUGAUGACUCGUGCAAACCAGACCAACUUGAAAAACUCUUCCUCCAGAAAUGUCCCCAAUCAAAGACUUCAAUAAUCCACCCAGAAGAUCUCUCGUGGUUUUUAGAGCGUUGCAGACGCCGAGGGCAGAAACCUGUUAAUUUUGUCCCAGUGUUGGACGAGAAUCUGGCUACCUGGAUGAAGAAGGACUCAUUAUGGCAGUCGGAGAAUAUUGAAGCGGUCAUUGACCAAGAUCCCGGCCGAGUCUGCGUCUUACAAGGACCUGUUGCUGUCAAAUUUUCGCAGCGAGUCGACGAACCUGUAGCUGAUAUCCUCAAUGGUAUCAAGAAUUCCUGGAUUGAGAUGCUUACCGAUGGGUUCUACAGAGACGAAGAUGUUCCACUUCAACGUCCUACCUGGAAGCCCAAUUUUCUACCCAGCAUCCAGUUCAACAUCGAAGUCAUUGAGCAUGAUCACGCUGUCACGGUGCAAGCGAUUCGAGGUAGGGCCCUUCCUACACGAAAGGAAUUCCUUCAUUAUCUUGCCAGCAAAACCCAUGGAUGGAUGAGGGCCAUACUACUUAGUGAUUUAGUGCUACAAGGCCAGGCUAAGCGGUCGAAUUUUCUACGAGACUGUUUUCAACUUGACGAGGAUAAAAUAGUGGAAAUCGACAAAAUCAAUGGGAAGAUGCUUCUUAAGAAAUCUAUCGACGGCAGCAAGCAUCAAAGGAUGUUGGCCGAAAUAUCCAGUCCAGAUGGCCUCUCCAUUGCUGCUCAGAUUUCACAUUACAGCCCUGGUAGGGACACUCCUACUGUGCUUCAUCUGAAGUUUCGUUAUGAUCCACAGAAUUCUUUGUACCCACUCACCGAGGAUAUGCGAGAUCGAAACAUGCAGAUAAAAUCUUUCUACAGUCGCUUAUGGCUCSGAUCUGAGAUAGAAAGCAGUUCCUUCGGUGGUGUCCAUUCCACGUUUGGUGGUUAUCGCACGGUGCUGUCCAAAGAGGUUCUCAGUGGUUGGAUCUCGUCCGUUGGCUUAUCACACUCCAAUGAUCGUCUUGUAUCGCCGAACAGUGAGCUGUUCCCACUUAAUGCAACCAUCAUACCGGCAUGGGAGGCUUUAGUGCAACCUCUUAUGGUCCCGGAGAUUGACGGCGAUCUCUUAAGAUUGGUGCAUUUAUCGAUCGAAUUCGAGCUGUUUUCGGGAUCUAAGCCAUUGUGCGUUGGACAGACUGUGGAGAUCAACUCCCAUAUCAAGUCCAUUACAAUUGACGAUAAAGGCAAGACUAUCGCAGUGCGUGCGGUUAUUUCUCGAGACGGCCUUCCUACGGUGGCUAUCAUCUCCAAAUUUUUGAUUCAGGGCUCUUUCUCCAAUUAUAAGGACACCUUCCAGGACAAUACGGAACCGGACAUGAUCUUAAGCGUAUCGUCACCCAUAGAUGACACGAUUCUCCGGACCAGACCUUGGUUUCAGCUAGAUGAUGAGACGAUAGACCUAGUCGGCAAAACUCUUUGUUUCAGAUUGAGCUCGUUCUGUACCUGGAAAGCGCAGAACGUGUUUGAUGUCUUGCGGGUAACUGGUGAUGUCUAUGUCCAAGAUCGUCGUGAUAGGCUCCGAAGAAUUGGCUCAGUCGAUUUCGACGCGACCAAUGCCUCCGGAAAUCCUGUCGUUGAUUUCUUGACUCGCAAAGGGAAGCCAGCGAUUGAGCGACAUGAACUUGAAAAGCCCGGGUGGAAUGGCCCUUCAACUCGCACAAUCAAAAUGCCCUACGACAAUGAGGUUUACUCCCGAGUCUCCAAGGACUGUAACCCGAUCCAUGUAUCACCAAUCUUCUCAAGUAUCGCCAGUCUACCAGGGACUAUUGUCCAUGGUAUGUACACUUCGGCUGUGACCAGCGCGAUUUUAGACCAUGUCGUCAAUGAUUUCAAUCACCUCCGCACACGACGUUACACAGUCUCAUUUGUCGAUAUGGUGCUCCCAGGGGAAGAAGUAGAGCUUAAGUGUUCUCACGUUGCAAUGCUUCAGGGACGAUUGAUCCUCCGGAUCCAAGCCUUUAAGGCUGGCACAGGGGACAAGGUCUUGGAAGGAGAGGCAGAGCUAGAGCAGGUACCGACAGCGUCCAGUCCCGUGGCGAAGAAGAUAUGGGAUGACAUUGAUCAAUACCUGUUGGAGAAUUAUGGAUGGUCUAUUCUCAAGAUGGUCCAAGAGAAUCCGAAACGGCUCACCAUAUACUUCUCUGGAAAGAGAGGACGCGCAAUUCGCGAUCGAUACCUAUCCAUGACUAUAUCCUCCAUUGGACCAGAUGGGCGAAUUAUCAGCACGCCGUUACUGAAAGGUAUCACUCCCAACACGCGAUCUUUCACCUUUGAAGACUCCAAGGGCCUUCUCUACGCUACGCAAUUCGCACAGCCAGCCAUCGCUGUCCUCGAAAAGGCAACUUUUGAAGAUAUGCGAGCAAAUGGCUUGAUUCAGGAGGGUGCCUUAUUUGCCGGUCACUCGCUGGGUGAAUUUGGCGCUCUCGCAUGUCAAGUCGAAUUUCUCCCGUUCCAACAACAGAUUGAUAUCGCAUUCUAUCGUGGAUUGACCAUGCACAACGCCGUCAAACGCGAUAGCACGGGUGCGACUGAUUUUUCAAUGGUUGCUGUCAAUCCUGGUAGAGUAAAGAAGCCAUCCUUUGACGAGGUGGCUUUACGCCGACUCGUUGAUAUUAUCGCUACCGAAAGCGGGAAACUACUUGAGAUAGUCAAUUUCAAUGUCGAGGGUGAACAGUAUGUCUGUGCUGGCCACAAUGCAAAUCUUUAUGCCCUAGCCCAGAUUCUCAACGAAGUCUCGCGCAUGCCAACAGAGCAGGUAGCAAUCUGGUCGCGUGAAAAUGUUUCUGUCCGAGGUAGCCAACAACAAAAUGAAACAUAUAGCCCACAAACCGCCGCCAUAAACACUUUGAUCAAAGACGCAAUUCAAUCUGCUCACGCACUGCCGAAACCAAUCAUACUUUCUCGGGGUCAAGCCACCAUUCCACUGCAGGGUAUUGACGUUCCCUUUCACUCCGCGCAACUCCGAUCUGGAGUCGCUGCUUGGCGCAAGUUUCUUCUGAGUCGCAUUCAGCCUGAAGACAUCCAGCCGAAUGACUUGCUCGACCGAUUCGUGCCAAAUGUCAUGGGUCGCCCGUUUUCAUUAGAUCGAGAAUAUAUUGCGGAGGCAAUGCGGGUGAUGGGAAGUGAGACACUGCAGGCGGUGUUGAAUGAAGGUGUUGUUCACUGA